ACACACAACAGAGAGAGAGAGAGAGAGAGAGAGAGAGAGAGAGAGAGAGAUGGCUGCCUCUACGUUUUCUUCCAGACCUCACAUAGUUCUAUUUCCAUUCAUGUCCAAAGGCCAUACCAUCCCACUUCUCGACCUUUCCCGACUCCUCCUCCAUCGCAACAUCACCGUCACUGUUUUCACUACCCCAGCAAACCGACCCUUCAUCUCUGACUCUCUCUCCGGCACAGAUGCCUUUAUCGUCGAGCUUCCUUUCCCACAGAACAUCGAAGGGGUACCCGCCGGGGUAGAGAGCACCGACAAGCUCCCUUCCAUGUCCCACUUCGUCUCCUUCGCUACCGCCACAAAACUCAUGCAACCCAACUUCGAAACAGUACUUAAGACUCUCCCCUGUAUUACUAGCAUCAUAUCCGACGGAUUCCUAUGGUGGACCCAACAAUCUGCGGAAAAAUUUGGAAUUCCUCACCUUGUUUCUUACGGGAUGAACAACUACUCAUGGGCUAUGUAUGAUGCCGUUAAGAAGAAAGGCCUACUUUCGGGACCCGAGCUAGAUGAUGAACCGUUCGUCGUGACCAACUUCCCGUGGAUCAAGCUCACUAGGAACGACUUUGAGGAAAAUUCUCGUGAGCCGAAGGGCCCUUACAAGGACUUCCUUACAGAGAUUUUCAUCGCAACCUCAAAAAGCUAUGGUAUAGUUAGCAACACUUUCUACGAACUCGAGGCAUUAUACGUAGAAUAUUGCAAUCGCCGUGAGUCUGUACCCAAGUCGUGGUGUAUAGGGCCCUUAUGCUUGGCAGAACCGCUGAUGACCAAACCUCCGUCCUACCAAAAGCCCACUUGGCUACAAUGGCUCGACCAAAAACUAGCCGAGGGCAGUGGGGUUCUCUAUGUCGCGUUUGGGACUCAAGCAGAGAUAUCUUCACAGCAGUUGCACGAAAUAGCGAUCGGUUUGGAGGAAUCAAAAGUAAACUUUUUGUGGGUGACGAGGAAGAUUGGGCCGGAACUUGACGAUGGGUUUGAAGAGAGAGUGAAGGAGAGAGGGCUGGUGGUGAGAGAAUGGGUUGACCAGAGGGCUAUUCUAAGACACGAGAGUGUCCGAGGAUUUCUGAGUCAUUGUGGUUGGAACUCGGUGUUGGAGAGCAUAUGUGCCAAGGUUCCGAUUCUGGCUUGGCCGAUGAUGGCGGAGCAGCACAUUAAUGCGCGGAUGGUGGUGGAGGAGAUCAAGGUGGGGUUGAGAGUUGAAACAAGCAAUGGGUCGGUGAGGGGUUUUGUGAAGUGGAAGGGUUUGGAGAAGAUGGUGAGAGAGCUGAUGGAGGGUGAGAUGGGGAAGGAGGUAAGGGAGAAGGUGAAGGAGUUUGGAGAAGCAGCGAAGAAGGCCAUGGAGGAGGGAGGCUCGUCAUGGCAUUCAUUGAACCAGCUCAUUGGUGAGUUACAAGCUCUUUCGAGAUAAAUAAUCCAUUUGGAUUAUUUUUUUUGUCCUUGUUCAAUUUUUUUUUUGAAUUUAUUAGUUUUUUGUCAAUUUUUUGUGAAAUAUUGCUUCGUGAUAAUGAGAGAAAUCUAAAAAAUUAAAAGUUAUGGUCUAAACCCUUUUUUUAAUAAAGACUAAUAGUAUAAGUCAAUAAGCAAAACAAAUUCGUCCUUAUUCAAAAACAUUUGGAUUUUGAUGUCUAAGUUUUUAACUUUUUAGAUUUCUCUCGUCAUGAUGACAAAAUAAUCCGCAAAAAAUCGACGCAAAAUUAAUAAAUGUGAAAAAAAUAUGAAUAAUGACAAAAAAAAAUAAACGUCGUCGACUUUACUUAUGUAGCUAGCCAAAACAGGCAUUGUUGUGGGAUGCUUGUGAUGGAAAGUCGGGGGAACAAAGAAGAAAGUGAAGUUCUAAGGUGGAUGUAUUGGGUGUUGUUUGGUCGUUAUUUAUUGGAGAGUUAUUUAACUAGUGGUUUCUUUGUGUGUGAGAGCAAAAAAGAGAACUGCUCUUUGUAAUUUUCUGUGACAGUGUCAAAUAUAUCAUGUUUGAGUUG